AAGCAUGGAAAUAUGGAGGGGAAGAAGUGGAAGAGUGGGUCUGGAGCUGGUGUAACAGGGUAUGGAGGGGGGAGGGAUGGCCGGAGAGAUGGAAGGAGGGAGUAGUGGUGCCGAUCAGAAAGAAAGGAGAGGGAGAGAAAGUGGAAGAUUACAGAGGGGUGACAUUAAUGAGUUCAUGUUACAAGAUAUAUACAAUAACGUUGGCAGAGAGGCUAAGGAGGGAAGUGGAAGAAAAGGGAAUAGUACCACAGAGUCAGACAGGUUUCAGAGAAGGGAUGGGGACAUUAGACAAUAUAUAUGUUUUAAAUUAUUUAGUGAACAGACAGCUGGGAAAAAAGAAAGGAAAAAUGACGGCGCUGUUUAUAGAUUUAAAGGCAGCAUUCGACUCGGUGGAUAGGGGAAUAUUAGUGGGGGCAAUGAGAGAGAGAGGGGUAAGGGAAGGGUUGGUGGAAAGAGUGGAGGAGGUGUUGAAGGAGACGAAAAGUAAAGUAAGGGUAGGAGGGGAGGAGGGGGGGAACUUUUGGACGGCGAGAGGAGUGAGGCAGGGGUGCCCAUUGAGCCCACUAAUCUUUAAUGUAAUGUUAGCAGAUAUAGAGGAGGAAAUGGGGAAAGUGAAAUGGGGAGGAGUAAAGUUAAGAGGGCGCAAGAUAUACUCCUUAGCAUAUGCAGACGACAUGGUUUUGAUAGCAGAGGAGGAGGAGGAGAUGAAGGGCAUGAUGGAAAGGUUAGAAAGAUAUUUGGACAGGAAGAAUUUAGAGCUGAACACCGAAAAGACGAAGAUCAUGAGGUUUAUAAAGGGGGGAGGGAGAUGGAGGAAAAAGGUAUGGAGAUGGAAAGGGAAGAUAAUUGAGGAGGUGAAGGAGUUUAGAUAUCUGGGAUACAUAAUACAGAGAAACGGAGGGCAGGGGGCACAGAUCAGGGAGAGGGUGAGAAAAGCGACAACGGUGAUGGGGCAGGUAUGGGGGAUAGGGAAAAGAAGAUUCGGGAAGGAUUGGGGGAGAAGGUUAUGGUUAUUUGAUAAAUUGGUAUGGACGGUGAUGGGGUAUGGGGUAGAGAUAUGGGGGUGGAAGGAGAGAGAGGAAAUGGAAAGGGCAGAGGAGAGAUAUUUAAGAUGGGUACUGGGAGUAGAGGCAAGGACGCCAGGAUACUUGGUGAGAGAGGAACUACAAAGGGAGAAACUAAGGGGAAGAGCGGGAAGGAGGGCGUGGGGGUUUGAAAAAAGAUUAGAUGAGGGGAGGGGAAGUGAGAUAGCGAGGGAAUGUAGGGAGGAGAUGAAAGAGAGAUUCAAAGAGGGAAGAGUGAGAUCGGAAUGGGAGGAAGAAAGGAGGAAGUUCUUAGAGGAAAGGGAGAUAUCAAUUGAGGAGGUGGAGAAGAAGAAAGAGAAGGGAGAGGCGAGGUAUGAGGAAUUAGAGAGGAGGGACAAGGAGAAACAGAGAAAGGAAAGAAGGGAAAAGAUAAGUGAAUCGAGGUUUAGUAGAUGGUACAAGGAAGUAAAAGGGGAAGGGAUACCGGAUUAUCUAAAAAAAGGAUGGGGUGAAAGCAGAUGGAAGAGAGUGGCAAGAUUCAGGUUGGGGAAUGAAGUAAGGGAGGGAAGGUACUGGGAGGAGGAGGAAAAAAGGAGAUGCAGAUUAUGUGGAGGAGAGAGGGAAACAUGGGAACACGUAUGGGAGGAGUGUAGAGAGUGGAAGGAAGGAGGAGGAAGCUGGCAGGAGGCGGUAGGCUGGGUAUUAGGAGAGGAGGGAGAAGGGGAACGGUGGAUGAAAGAGAUAGAGAGAGAAAGAAAGGGGAAGGAGGAAAGGGAAGGAAAUAUGGAGAGGAAGAGAGAAUGUGUGAAGGAGAGAGAGAUGCAUGAAAGAAAAAAGGAAAGAGAGAGAGAGGAAAAAGGAA